AUGAAAGUUCGAAAUGUGGAUAGAAAUCCAGCAGCUGAUUAUCAUAGAAUUAUGUUUCUAGCAGGAAAGAAGUGGACAAUAAGAGUGUCUUGUCAAAGGUCUGAUGUUGGAACUACCGUCAGCUUCACGAUCACUCCAAAACGCAAACUCGACAAAUCCAAAUUUUUUCUGGGACAAACCAGAAUGUUCCUUAUAAAUCAGAAGGAGCAAGAGUCGAAUUAUCAAAUGGACAGCCCGUUUUUUGUGAACUAUGAGAGUACAUUUUCCAGAUUUUAUGAGGAUUUUGAUGUGGAACCAACCAAGGAGAAUGGAUUUUUGAAUGAUUCUGGAACGCUGGAAGUGGAGAUUCAUGUUUUUGUUGAUAGAAUUUUAGAUGUUAAUGUGAAGUUUUCACAUUUCAAUUUUCAUGAUUCGUUCAAUGAUGAGCAAUACUUUCAAUUUUAUUCCUGGAAAACCUCCGAACAUGAUUUGUACUCAAAAUCACAGAUGCUCCAUUUCCAUUCUCCUGUAAUUUCUGAAUUAAUUAAAGGAAAAUUCAAAAAAAUACCAAUUGUCAAGGAAAGUCAAUUUGGAUUUAUACAACUUAUGUUGCAAAUUGUUCAUGGGGCUUUUAUUCUAUUAAAUGAAUUUCAAAUCCGUCAACUUCUACCUCUUGCCAAACGCUUCAAAAUCUAUACCGUAACCCGGAAAUGUGAACUUCGAAUGAUUCAGAUUUUGAGAGAAACUGAACCCAUAGGACGUUCCGGAAGAUUUUGUGAAUUUUUGUGGUUGGCAAGAUCUUACGAUUUGCCACAUUUAUCGUGUGCAACAAUGAAGUUAAUAACGAAUUUAAAGGAAAUGAAGGAACUUGGGUAUGGAAUGAAUUUGGAAAGAAUGUCGGGAGAAGCAAUGAAAGCUGUGGCUUCUAAAAUUUUCAGUUUUGCAUGA